AUGGGCGACGGAGUCUUAGUCGGAGUGAAUUCAGACCCCCGUCUAGCCAAGCCAGACAUACACCAUGGAAUUCUGUCUCUGGUGUUGACUAUAAAGGCGCUUCUACUCCCAGCAGACCGCCUUCGCGAUCCCAAUCGAGAGCUGGUGCACGAACACCCAAUGGGAUGUACGGCACUAACCCAAGGACGAGGCCGCAAACGCCUUCUCAUAUUCCAGCGCCCGUAUCAUACUUCAAUUUAGCCAGGUCUCCAAGCAGAGCUGCAUCAGAAAGUGAUUUGGAUGAUAUGGAAUUCCCCACUUCCUUGAUGCAACGAGCCUUCACGCCUUCGGCGGAUCGGGGAUUCGCUACGCCGGAUCCUGGAAGGAAGCGACGGCCUUCGAAUUCUCUCAUUCCUGUUCCCACACUGAAUAUCACUAGCAACUCCAGGCCGGGAACUGCUCUAUCUAUGAAUGAUCAUCGUUCGGGCUCGCCCUCCCAAGAUGGACAUGGACGACGCAGCCCUCGAGAGAGCCCAAGCGCUUGGAAAGAGGGCUCUGUAUUCAAAGAGUCUCCUUCGAAUCCCUACAAGGAUUCAUCUCCUUCUGCUGGGAGAGCAGGUGCAAGAAGUCAGACACCUGAGGCGAUGCUUCGAAGUCGCGCCAUGCAAACACCUGUCUACUUGGAUAAUUCAAGUCCAAACGAGAAGAAUGCGACGCCCAGUGGCCGCCCAAGGGCUAGUGCACCAUCCAGCUUCAAGGGUGACGGAAAGACCUUGGUGUUUGGACCAGGUGGGAGUGGUAAUCCCAAUGAAGGAGGAAGAGGACCUUCAAGGCCGACUUCAAGGUCUGCCAACUAUGGAUUUGGGAGAAUGACUCCCGGAUUAGACGGCCCAGGGCCGACAUAUAUUCCAGCGAAGACGGAUGAACUGGAUGUUGAAGUGGCAAAUGUAGUCAACGGAAUGCCACACGGAUUCUUGUAA